AUAUAAAUAUAUUGUUAUUGUGAAGUUUUCAACUAUAUUUUUAACCAUCAUAUCCAAUAUUCAUGAUGUCAAUUUUUAAACUGUUGCAUUCAAAUGAAAGUAAAUGUUUGUUCGCGCCAAGUGUAUGUGGAAAUUCUUGAUUAAUGCAACCGGAACUGUCAUUAUUGAUUGAAACAUAAGUACAUUAAAUAGAUGUUGAAUAAUUUAGUUACAUUAUUAUUUUACUUAAAGAAUAUUGUGUUAAACUAUUUAUUUUUAUUCUAAUGUAAGAAAAAUACCGAGGUGAUGACAUUGGAGAAAUCUGUAUUGACAAACUACACAUCAAUGUCUCUGGACGAACGCUUCACACAGUUACGCCGAGCGGAUUCAAGGCUCCUUGUUAGAGGAAUAUCAGAUUUGAGGCAGCAAUUUGCAUCAACGAAGAGUAGAAGACUGGCACUACAAAUGUCUAGGCGCCCUUCUGUUAUAGCUGCACUCAAUUCUGGAAGAGCUUUUGGUCCCUCCAUAGGAAGACGUGGAGGUCAAAUAGGAGGACGAGGUGGUAUUAGAAAUUUUGGCCGUGGAAGAAGAUCAAGCAGUGUUGUCAGAGGAGGAAACCGUCCAUUAAGAAGAAGUGGUAGUAUAGGUAGAUUAGCGAGAAGUCAGAGCCUUACAUCAUUAAAUUCAAGAGCAGCUUCACCUUUUAGAGCAAGAGGUAGAGGAAGGGGAGGAAGAAUUAUAGGUGGAAGAGGAAAUCGAGGUGGUAUCAGCAGUUUUCGAAGAGGUGGACUAAACCAAAGGGGUGGCAGAGGUAGAGGUGGCUUUGUAUCAAGAAGAGGAAGAGGUGGCAACAGCGGUGGAGCUGGAGGCUUCGGAACAAACAGAGGAAGGGGCAGGGGAGAAGGGAGACGAGGUUUUGGAGGUAGGGGUAGAGGUAGAGGAGGCCAACGUCCACCACCGCCUUCCAAAGAAAAAUUGGACAUGGAAUUGGACGAAUACAUGGCGUCGAGCCGAGCAACCCUCGACAAAGAGAUAGACACCUACAUGAGCCAACCUCAAGAAAAAUGGGAAUAAAGCAUAUGACUGGACUGUUACCAAUUAUUUUUGUCCGAUUGAAUAUUGUAAUUUUAUUUUAUUAAUUUUAUUUAGUUCAUAAUGUAAAAUAAAGUUUUCUUUAUUUAAGUCCAUUAUUGAACUUAAUAAUUAGUUUUAAGAUAUUUUCCAGAAAGAAACAAAGUUAACUGAAUAUUGUUUUAUCAUAUGCUGAAAAAAAAAAUUCUUUUUGUUUUUAGCUAUAAAUCUAAUAAAACUUUUGUUUAAAUGGUAAAACAGGUAUUAAUUAUUAUUACUAUGGAAAAAACAUCCAGUCAUUUGUUUUUAUUUCUUUAAGUUGUAUAAUUUAGAAUAUAAAUGAUGAUUUCAAUUAAUUUUCCACCUAAUGUAUAACUAAUUGCCAUCUUAUUAUUUUUUUUUUAAUAAUGUUUAUUUUACUCCAUCGAGUGUAACAUGUUGUAUAAAAUGAAUAAUAUUGUAAUAAUUGCCCAAGUACGAAUAGUUUUUGUAUUUUUUGUGAGCGAAAUCUGUCUUAUUUAAAUUAAACAGUUUUUUAGUGCCA